UAAAAGACCAAGAGAAGAACAGGAAACAAGUCUAUAGAUCUAUGGUCUAUAGCCCAAAAUGUGGCCCCUAAUGAUCCUGUCUGCCUGUGUUCUGCAAGGCUAUGCUGACAGUCUGGUGAACACCACUGGAACUGUAGAUGAACUGGGUGUUUGUCACUGUUCUGUUGCCCUCCCAGACAUCACAUUCCCUGCAGAUCGAUUGGAGAUCCUAGAAAUUUCCAACAAGAAUCUGAGCAUCAAUGUGGAACAAGAGAUCUCUAAGAUGCAAAGUUACCAAGCUACAUUGACUGGGUACCUGCAGAAGCUAAGGAACCUGACCAGACGGGUGGAAGUCAUGGAGAUGGGUGGAGUAUCUUACACAGAACUGGACUUUGAGCUGCUUAAGUUAGAGAUUCGGGAAAUGGAGUCACUUGUUACUAGACUUCAAGAAUCAAUUGAUGGAUCCAAUACUCUGGUGGAAGCUCUCUAUGUGGAGGUCCAUAAUAUAUCAGUCAUGGUGAACCAGCUAGAAUCAUACGACAAAAACAAUGUCCUAGCAGUGAGACGGGAGAUUGCAUCCCUGCGGAAGAGACUUCAAGAUUGUGAGAAGAACAAAGACAAUCCAGUCCAAUCACCGAUCAAUUAUGGAUCCUGCAAUCAUGGUGGAAUUGUCAACAUCAGUAAACCAUUUGUUGUCCAACUGAACUGGUUAGGAUUUUCCUAUAAAUAUGGAGGAUGGGGAAAGGACUCUUACUCGGGUGCAAAUCAAAAUGUACAUUGGGUGGCCCCUCUCAUGACAGAUGCACGUGUAAUGAACGUGAUUCGAUUCUACCCCAAGUACGACGAUCUGUUGCUCUACAAAGACGCCACAGAGAAGGUGCUCACCAUAUUUCUUCCCCGUGGUAAUGUUGACUAUGCCAACUGUGGCCAAGGUGGAGGAGUGAUCAUGUUCAACAGUUCCUUGUUUUACAAUUGCUUCAACAGCAGGGACAUCUGUAAGUAUAACGUAGACACCAGUGGACUGGAACGUAAGACACUCACCGAUGCCACCUUUAACAACCGAUUCUCUUACUCCUCCUCUCAAUGGCAAGACAUCGACUUAGCCAGUGAUGAAGAUGGUCUCUGGGUUAUUUACUCUACAGAGCAAAAUUCUGGAAACAUUGUCAUUGGCAAAGUAAAUCCCCUUACCUUAACGGUGGAGAAGACAUGGAAGACAUCCCAGUACAAGCUUGGUGCCACCAAUACCUUCAUGGUGUGUGGAGUCUUAUACGCUACAAGAACACUUAGCACCAGAAAAGAAGAAAUCUUUUACAUGUAUGACACCAAGACAAGUCAGGAGGGGCAGAUAAGCAUCAUCCUUGACAAAAUGAUGGAGAAUGUGCAGAGUCUUUCCUACAACCCCAAUGAUCACAAGCUCUAUAUGUACAACGAUGGCUACCUAGUCACAUACGAUCUGACCUUUAGGUCACUGCCCAAUCCUGCCUAAAUCUAUGUGUAUGUAUAUGGACUUUCCUUCUUAAAGAAUCUAUGUCUGUGCUCUUUUAUAGAACAUCACCAACUUCAUCUGCAUGGCAUAUCUUGUACAUUUUGCUGCAAUUUCUGUAAUUGUUAAGUGAAUUUCCACCUUUAAACAUUAGUUUUACCUAAACAGGUUCAAUAUUAUGUGCUGAAUCAUUUCCUUAUGUAUCUAUAGCAGUCAUAGUUAGGGGCUUACUGCUAAGUAUGCAGUAAGCCCCUAAGCUCCCCCUAGGGCAGUGGUUCUCAACCUGGGGUACAAAUAACCCCAGGGGUACAUAGCAGGUAUCCAGGGGGUACUUGAAAAAUAUCAGUAAUGGCAGCCACAUCCACUGGUUACUGGUCUGGACCACUUUGAAGGAAAUGGUAGGCUGACGUCACUGCACCAAGGAGCAGAGCAGGAGGACAGCAAAGGGGAGGCGCGGGCCCUGGGCAGCUGUGGGCAGUAACUACCAUCAGCUUUGUUGCUCCACUGCCCCUGCAGACCGGGGACCUACUGCCAUUAUCCAUAGCAAUAGGUCCCUAGACCAGAGGAGCAGUGGAACAACAAAGUGGGACAGUAUGGUGGCCUACAACUAUAUAUGUGGGCAGUUUGAGGGCCUACAGCUAUUUGGGGGGGGGGCGUAACAACUUUAUGGGGACGCAAAGCGGGUUCUAUUACUGUGUAUGACAAUAAACAUGGGGAGUUUGUAAAUAGGUGGGUAUUGUUCUUUAGAAAGAAGCCUAAAAUGUUUGUUUGGCUGGUUCUGUGGAGAAGUCUUGUAUGGGAGAAAUCUUAGUGGCGGUCAAGGCCAGAUAGUGAAAAAAAGAAAAGUAAACAACUCCGGUUAGAGAAGACGUCACCUGUAAAUCGGGGGACUGGGGAGAUAGGGAGAGGAACAGAGGGCCUGUUAUAGAGGAAAGUAAAGCAUAUGAAUUAUACUAUCAUUACUACAAAAUAUCUCUAAUAUGGGGGUACAAUUUUUUGGGAAUGGGCUGUCAAGGGGUACUCAGGCAAAAAAGGUUGAGCCCCAUUGCCAUAGGGGAAUCUGAAGGUAUUCAGAAUGUUAUGCCCUAUUGCAGUGGUCUCCAAAAUGUGGACCUACGGAUAUUGCAAAACUACAUCUCCCAGCAUGCCCGGACAGCCAUCGGCUGUCCGGGCAUGCUGAGAGUUGUAGUUUUGCAACAGCAGGAGGUUCACAGUUUGGAGUCCCUUCCCCAGUGUAUAUGUCUAUGCAGGUAAUUUCGGUCUUUUAAUACUAUACAUAUACAGAAUCUGAGAUCUAAAAACAACAUGAUGAUUGAAUGUGGAGAUUUAUACGUAUUGAUGUAAUACUGUAAUAAUUAUAUGCAAACUUUUUUUUAUCAGAAAAACUUUAUUCCCUAAUAAAAUGUGUUUACUACUACUGAUAGUUUAA